GGAAGCGACGGCGGUCUUUUUUUCUGGGAAAAUUUAAAUUUGUGCAAAAUCUGUAUAUAUUUGUAAAUCUUGUUGUAAAUACCUUUCCUUUUGUAUAUAAUUUCGUUAUUUAUAUAUUUUCUAUAGUCUGUUUUGUAUAAAGUGUUGCUGAGGUCGGGGUAAGUUUUUACCUUUCCAGCGAUGGGCGGCAAGAAGAGGAAAAAGAAGGAGCAAGAAUAUGAAACCAAUUCGGUAAUCCAGAGCUCUGAUAGUGACUCAGAAUACUCUGACGCGUCAGAGUCGCCACUGGACAAAUACAAACCAUAUAGGGUCGCCGAUUAUAGUCGUAGAUAUCCUGAAGAUAGUCCAGGGCAUGAGCACGUCGUGUUCAUAGCUAGCUCGGAUGAAAAUGUCCCAAUAGGUUCCAGAGAUAUGAUGUAUUUAAGUAAUAGUUUCACUCGCUUUGUAAAAGGGAUAAAAUAUUUAAAAAAAGUCAACAAAUAUAGAAUGGGGGUUGUAUUCGAUAAUCCUAACAUGGCUAAUUCAUUCUUGGACAAUGCUACUUUCCAUAGAGAACAUCGCAUCACUGCUUCUAUUCCGGCAGCGGUUACAGAAAUAACUGGUGUUAUAACUAAUGUUCCAUCAGACUUGUCAAACAAAACAAUCUUUAAAGUUCUUUCUACUACAACAAAAAAAAUUAUUUGUGUUCGUAGAAUAAUGCGUAAAGUAAAAGAAGGCGAAUCUUAUAACUUACAACCCACUCAGACCGUGGCGAUUACGUUUGCAUCUUGUGCGUCUUUACCUGAUUAUGUUUAUUUAAAAAUGUGGCGUGUACCUGUUCUGCCAUAUAUUCCACCGAUUAAACAAUGUUUCCGGUGCCUACGUUAUGGCCAUCUUGCCAAAUUUUGUAAAAAUGCAGAACGUUGUUCUAUCUGCACUGAAGGCCAUAGCUUCAAAAAUUGUAAUGUUUCUUUAGCGAAUGCAGUUUGUAUUCAUUGCAAAGGCAAUCAUAUAGCCAUUUCAGGCACUUGUCCAGUAAAAAAACAAAAAAUUAUUGAAAAUAAAAAUAAGAUUAUUCCACAAUCCUAUUCUGAAACCUUGAAAAACAACGCCUUUCCAUCACUUACUAAUCCAAAAAAUUCACAAGAAUUCCAAAAACUUGUUCUCUCUGACACUAAAAUGCUCAGCUUCAUCACUGAAGCAAUCAUAAAGGUGAUUACACACAAUAAAAUCAAUAAUAACACUAUUGUAAAUACUAAAACUAUUGCAGACACUCUUAAGGAUAUACUUAAGACAAAUUCAGUUUGUUCGGAAAAUUCACAGGUAUAAUAAAUAUUUGUCAAUGGAAUGCACAAAGCUUAUUAAGUAAUAGACUUGACUUCCAGAAAUUUUUAUAUGAUCAAAAUAUACAUGUUGCUAUUAUAUCAGAAACGUGGUUAAGACCACACCACAAAUUUAAUAUUAAAGGCUACUCUGUUGUAAGAAAUGACUCUGGCAAUGACCACAAUGGGGUAGCUAUUUUAAUUCAUAACUCUUUUCAUUUCUCUAAUUUUGCUAUUGCAUCUGAUAACUCAAUACAAACUGUGGCAAUUUCUCUUCAAUUAAAUAGUAAAUCUGUCACCAUAGUUAGUGUUUAUUGUCCUAGUAUUAGCACCCCUAGAUUCUGUAGUAAUAAAUUGAAUAAUUUAAUUUCUUCUUUACCCAAACCCUUUAUUUUUUCAGGAGAUUUUAACGCUCAUCACCCAUAUUGGGGUUGUCAUUCUACUGAUGCUCGUGGUAGGGACAUUCUAGAUAUUAUAGAUAAAAAUAAUUUGGUUCUCUUAAACAGCAAUGUGCCUACUACAAUUGGUUCAAAUAUUGCUAGACCUAAUGGUCUUGAUCUCACCAUGGUUUCAUCGUGUUUAGUAUUACAGUGUGAUUGGCAGGUCUGUGACAACCCACUUGGAAGUUAUCACUUACCUACAUUAACAAGGUUGUGUCUAGGACCAAAUUCUAAUAAUAUGCUUCAUAACUCUUCAAAUUUGCUAAAACAUGUUAAUUUAAAAUUGGUUGAUUGGAAGACUUAUGAAGCACAGGUCAAUUUAUUGUUGUCUAAUUUCAAUGUUAAUCAUGUGGAUCCCAUCAAUUCUUAUAAUAGUUUUUGUUCUAUAAUUUCUAGUACUGUUGAAGCUUCAGCUCCCAAAGCUAAACAUUCUGUUGCACCCAGCAUCAAUGCAAGUCGUAGAUCUUUGCCAUGGUGGAAUCACAUUUGUUCUCAAGCAGUUGAAAAUGUUCAUAAAGCUUAUAUUUUAUUUAAAACUUGUCCGUCUACAGAAAAUUUUAUUAAUUUGAAACGUGUUCAGGCUAUUAAAAAAGUUAUUUUAAGACGCGAAAGACAAUUCAGUUGGUUGCAAUACUGUUCCUCACUAAAUCGUUUAUCUUCUAUGAGUGAAAUUUGGAAGAAAAUUAAAAAAAUUAACAAUUCAUACUCUCCUUCCACAAAUUUUGUUUCUGAAUACAAUUGGGUAACUGACUUUCUUCAUAAAUACACCCCAGAUACAGUUGAAAAUAAUUUUACUGUUCCCUCUAUUCACACAACCAAUAAUUCUUAUUUGUUGAAGGACUUUUCUAUGCAAGAAUUACAAUCAGCCCUUAACUCUAGAAAAAAUACUUCAACAGGUCUAGAUUAUUUAUCUUACAGAAUGUUGAAAUUGUUGAAUGAUUCUAAUAAACAAACAUUUUUAACAAUUUUAAAUUUGCUAUGGCAGAACUCCUUAAUUCCUUCACAAUGGAAAAUGGAUUGUAUUAUUCCAAUUCUAAAACCAGAUAAAGCUCCUAAUGAUCCAGACUCUUAUCGUCCUAUUACUUUGACCUCAUGUGUUGGCAAAAUUUUUGAACAGUUAUUAAAACAACGUCUUGAAUUUUAUGUAGAGAGUAACCAUUUAUUGCCUUAUAAUCAAUUUGGAUUUCGCCGUGGUCGAUCAGCUCGAGAAAGUCUGUGUCACUUGAAUUUGGACAUUCAGGAGGCCUUAUCAAACAAUAAAAUUCUGGCUUGUGUCUUCUUUGAUGUAGUUGGUGCUUUUAAUAAUGUUAACUUGCAUGUUCUUUCUGCCACUCUAAUCAGCUUGGGACUUCCUGAAAAAAUUGUAAAUUGGAUUUUUAAUUUUCUUCAUGAACGGAAAUUAUAUGUGAAGUUUAAUAAUAAUCUUAUAGGACCAAGAUAUUCAUAUAAAGGUGUAAGUCAAGGAGGAAUCUUGAGUCCUUUGCUGUUUGUGUUGUAUAUUCAUCGCUUAAAUAUUAAUCUAGGUUUGGAUGUCAAUAAUUUACAGUUUGCUGAUGACCUGGCUGUAUAUUGCAAAGGAGAUAAUAUGUCAGACAUAAACAGAAAGAUGAAUUCAGCCCUGGCUGGGUUGAACUCAUAUUUCACCUAUCUCCAGCUGAGCAUCAGCAAACAAAAAAGUAAAGUGGUUGUAUUUUCAAAAAAAUCUAUUAAAGUUAGGGAUAUUUGUAUAAUGUAUGAGGGUAAUUUAUUGCCUGCUGAUUCGUCAAUAAAAUUUCUGGGAGUCAUGUUUCAAAACAAUAAUAAUUUUAAUAAAUAUGUUGAUAUUAUAGCCAACAGGAGUCUUCGAGCUCUUAAUAUUCUUAAAACAUUAUCUGCUACUUACUGGGGUUCAGACCCCAAAAUUUUAUUAAUGUUGUAUAAAUCCCUAGUUAGAAGUCAUUUCGAAUAUGCAUAUUUUUGUUAUGCUAAUCAGAAAAGUAUAGAUAAGCUGGAAAAAAUUCAGAAUAAAGGUCUUCGUAUUAUUUUGGGUGCUAUGAUGUCUACGCCAAUUAUCUCAAUGCAAGUUGAAUGUAACAUACCUCCUUUAGCCAUAAGAUUCCGUUAUCUUAACUAUAAAUUUCUGCUCAAAAUUUGUUCUUCAACAGGUCACCCCUUAAUGCCUAAGUUAGUAAAUUCUUCUUCAAACUUAACAGAAUGUCUUAAAGAAGCUGUCGAAUUCAAACUUCAAAAUAAUCUUU